CCCCAGCGCUCACGGAACCCCCCAGCGCCACUCUCGAGCUGCCAUGGCAGGUAAGGCAGCAGGCUCCUCCUGCUCCUGGCACUGCGGCCCUCCAGGUGGUCCCAGUGCCCCACAUCUCACCCAGCGCCCAUUUGGGCAUUUCCCCACAGAGAGAAUCUCUUCAUUGAUGCCGACGGUGCUUCCGACACCCGACGCCACUGUAUUUGGUUCCUUUGUGCCCCCUCUGUCCGCUGCUGCAAUGCAGCCGCAGGUGCUCCCCGUGCCCUGCACCCUGCCCGCCAGCUGGGAGCGGGCGGUGGGGCCCCUUGGAGAUGCCGUGGUGCUCACGGAGGACCAGGGGCACCCAGCGCCCACCGACGGGUGCCCCCAUCCCGCCACGGCUCCGCUGGGCUGCAGCACCGCAGCGCUGGACUCAGGGGGUGAGUUUGGGGGCUGCGGGGCGUGCGGCAGGCUGUCCGCACCGGGUGGCUGUGGGAAAGCUGGCAUUGCCCCACUGGGGAUGUCCUUGCUUUUCCAGCAGCCACAGCGAGCGCAGACAUCCCAGAGGACGUGGUUGACAGCGACAUGGGCGAUCUGCUCACGUGGAUCAGUGGUGAGUUUUUGGUCUGCAGGGGUGGUGGGUUGGGUGUCCGGAGUAGUGGGUGUGGGAAAGCUGGCAUUGCCCCCGUGGGGAUUUUCUUGCCUUUUCCAGACAUGACCUCCAAUACAGACAUCCCGGUCGACAGCGUGGAGAUCGAUGAUAUUCUGUCGUGGAUCAGCAACGAAGGGACACCCAGCUCAGGCAUUCCAGAUGACAGCAUGGAACUCGACGGUUUGCUCAGCUGGAUCGUUGGUGAGUUCAGGGGCCGCAGCGGUGGCGGAUGGAUGUCCGCGCCGAGUGGCUGUGGGAAGGCUGCCGUCCUGGUUUUGGGGGAUGUUCUUUGUUUUGCAGAAGCGUCGAGUCCUCGGGAGGUCCCCCAGCAGGCGUUCCCAGCCGUCCCCGGCAGGCUCAGCACCUCUCCUUUCAUCAGAGCCCUCCGUGACCGUCCCAGCGGCAGCAGGGAGCUCAGCGGAGAGGCGCAGGCUGACGCCGGGCCCCUCAGCGAGCCGUUCUCGGGGCAGCCAGCAUCCUCUGGGCAGUUCUCUGAGCCGCUGCCCUGCGGGCAUCUGAUGGAAGAGGCGCGGCAGAGGCAGCCCCGGGUGGUUCUCACCCGCCUGGCACUGCCGACCCCCCUGGCUGCCCCCGCACCUCUGUUGCCCCGCACUGCACAUCUGAUCCAAGAUGUGCAGCGGAGGCAGCUCCGGGUGGUUCUCACCCGCCUGGCACUGCUACCUGGCUGCAUCUCCUGCCACAUUUCUGACAACCACUGCGGGGACGGCAGCGAGCCGGCCGAGUGCCCAACGCCCGCCUGCACCACCAGGAAAGGCAAGAGCAGAUGGCACGAGCAGCGCACUGGCCGCAUCGCAAGCAGAAAGAGGAAGGUGCCGCUGGGCCAGGACGCUCCAGGACAGAAACGCCGGCGCUAGGCGAAGCUGGGUGGGCUCAGCCCGAGCAGGAGCGUCCGCAGAAACCGGCCCACGUGGUGCAGCAGGAGACACGGCCAGAGCCAACAAAGACGGCUCCCUGCAGCCCUGGGCUCCUCGCCGGCCCCCGCGGUGCACAGAGAGCAGCGGCAGUGCUCCAGGGGCACCAGCACCGGCCCCAGCCCUACCCCUCCAAACCUGGGCUGUCCACCAACACCACCUUCGACUGU